AUGUCGGGCUCACCUCCACCAUCACCAUCCUCCCACGCGACGGCCCACGCGUACGCGAGCAAUGGGCUCGAAAUGCUACAGGCUGCCAGCGAUGCGGCCCACGCCAUCACUCACCACAUCAGCAGUCCCACAGGUCUUUCGGCGUCACAGGCUUUACAGCAUGCCGCCGUAGCUGCUGCUGAGGUCGUUGGCCACCAGCAACAUCAGCAACACCAGCAGCACCAGCCUAUGGAUCAGUCUCCUCACGAUGUCCUCCCUCACGCGACCGAAAUGUCUACUCAGCUUAUGCCUGGAAAUGGAGCUGUAAUGCGUGAUCCUACGAUCAACCCGAAGUUGACUCGCCUUAGACGUGCAUGCGAUAUGUGCAGUAUGCGCAAGGUGAAAUGCGACGAUUCCAACAUGCCCUGCCGGCCAUGUCGAGAGCUUGGAGUGGACUGCACCUUCAACCGUGAAACGAAGCGUCGAGGACCACCCAACAAGCAUGCCGAAGCCGCGAAAGCUGCAAAGCGUACACGGGUAGACGUGCCACAAACAGCGACGACGGCUGCUGCAGCAGUCUUUGCGUCCCUUUCUCCCUCACCUCAGACAGCUGCCAAAACACUAAUGAACAUCUCAACUGAAGGUGUUCUUGAUGCCGAUGCCAUUGCACCCAUGCCAGUACUGGAACUCCUUGUCGACGACUUUUUCACCUACAUUCACCCACUUGCACCGUUUCCGCACGAGCCCACGUUCCGCCAGUCGUUUGCCAACCGUGAAGAUCGUACCAAGCCCGAGUUUCUUGGUUUGCUGGCUAGCAUGGUCUGUGCCCUUGUUGCAUCCUUUCCACGAAGUGCGAGAGAGCAUCUCAAGGCACAGCACAGCACCCAUCUCUUUCCUCGCGCUAUCGUCAUGGUUGAGAAAUGCCGUGAGAUUGCGCUGUUGACACGUGGGAGCAAGUGGCAACUCAAGCAGCCUAAAACUCUUGACGAUGCUGCAACCAGCUACUUCCUGGGAUUGGCCUCGGGAUACACUCACCAAUGGAACGCUUCGGGCCAGUUCAUGGCUGAGACCCUGACCCUCCUCCGCGAGCUGGGUUUCAAUCGACCCAAGCACCCAGGUGAUUUGCCGACAUUCGGUAAUGACAACUGCUCGCCAGAUCCUCUUCCAUUCAACCAUGUCAAAGACCAGAUUGGGAAGCGCAUCUUUUAUUGCUUGCUUCUCGGUGUGCGAUCCUUUUCGCAAUUGGGUGCAUCGUCUGCAGACAUGGUAAUUGCACCGUCGACGCCCAGUCUUCCAUACCCCUCAUACCCGGAAAAUGUUGACGACAUCUGCGUUAUUGCAAAUGAAGUCAUCCAUCAGCAGGAUGGAAGUGUGACGCUAUUGACAGGUUUCCGAUUCGCCAUUGAUAUCUACACGACAAUGAAUGGCAUUGUCAGUCUCGAGCUAGCUUAUGGUAUGAGCACUUUGCCUUGGGCAGAUCAACGGAUUCUGCUUCGCGAUGGCCUUAUUGCAGCAAAAAGCAUCACCGACAACCUGCCGCCGGAGCUUCAACUCGGGGACCAUGGAGUCGAAGCAAUGACAUUGGGUAGUUUCGACGAGUCGGGCAUGCAAUACGUACCUCCCGCCUGGCCCAAUAGCCAGCCUGCCCACGACCUGCGAAAUGUGAUUAAGAGUCAGCCCUCUCGGCGUCGAAAUUUGCAGUACGAGAUUCAGAAAGCCAAUAUCUUUGUCUCACAGCUUGCCACUCGUUCUUACUUCGUCGAGUUGUACUUUGAUCUGCGUGAUGUACAUUUCGCAGAGCAGCAACAGGACAACAACCCAAUCGAGGGUCAGUCGGAGGAGGAAAAGGCAGCUCAAGACGCUGACGAGAAGGAGAUUCACGACUUCAUGUCAGCAGAGCGCGAGCUCAUCGUUCAAAAUCUUCUUACAGUUUUGGGGUCAAUCUCACAGCGAAACAUGGAGCCAAACGGGGGAUCACUCAUCAACAAGAUUCGUCAGGUAGCGUCGACACUCCUCAACGAUGCACCUGAGCGCAAGGGACCUUUUGCUGUCAAAUCAGAGGAGGCCUUGUCGCAACUGAUCAAUAUUUUGGUCAAGUUGGAGAAGACCGGUGCCGGUAGCGGAGGAGGCAUGGAUGCACAAGACCCGUCACAGAUGACGUCUCAGGACGAGGAAGAGGAGCUGCGACAUUGGGCGGACCUUCGAGAUUACCAGCUACGGUUUGCGGCUCAUGGCGGAUGGGCUGGGAACUUGUGA